AUGGAGUUGCUGAAGUUGUCAAAAUUCAAAUUGCAGCUUCAAUCAAUGAUCGGAGAAGUGCGAGAUCUGCGUGAAAGGGAGCGAUCAGUCACAGAUCACAUUAAUCUCGUGAAUCAGAAACAGAAGCAAACGGAGGAGGAAUACAGCAGGAAAGUGCAGGAGCUUCAAGCUGAGUUAGCUUCUUCUAGAGAAACACAGGAGGCACUCGAAAGGAAGGUGAGUUACCUUCAGAACGACUAUGGUUUGCUGGAAAACAAGCAGAGUGAAUUGAAGACAACUAUCCAAAACCUGCUUCAAUCACGAGAAAGUUUCUUAAAUGCUUACCAGGAGUCGUUUUGUGAAAUGAAAUGUUCAGUUGAAGCCAGGGAUAGGAAGAUUUCCAUCCUACAGCAGAAGAUAACCUCUCAUUUACAAUUAUUUGAUUCGAUCGAGAAAGAGGCAUCGGAAAUCAAAAAGGUCAUACACGAAGUUCAGGGCCUUGUGGAUCAAAAAGAAGAUGUAGUGGCUGGCUUGAAAGAGAAAAUGGACCAUGUCUCUACAUAUGAAAAAGUGUUUAUCGAGAAAAUCAGCACUUUAGAAGAGAAAAUAGAGUAUCAGGAAUCAGAAUUGCAGCGCAAGGAGAAUAUAAUAUCAGAGCUUUCCGCUCAGCUGGAAGCAGAAAAGAUUAAAAAUGAAUAUCAACUUGAACCUUACCUUCAGAAAACUCUGCGGGUCAAAGAUAUAGUUGCAGAGAACUUGGUUUAUGAGAAAGAGGCAUUGCAUUAUGAGGUUAGGAGUUUAGAGAUGAUUUUACGGCGGAUCCAGGAAUCUGUCACCCUUAUGACCGAAGAGGAUAGAAGGGUGUUCACAUCAAUACUGACAUUCAAACACGGUGUUGAUGAGAGAAACAAAAAUUCCAGGUACAAUGGCACAGUUGAGAAAAUGGAGGAAGUUUUAUGCGAAGGUCCUAUUAUGCGUUCCCAAGAAAACUCAGUAAACGUUAUUCCAUCAGCAUCUCCACAGUGUCAGCACCAAAACGCAGACUGUGGUUUGAUGCAGGACGAUGAUCAUCAACUGGAUUCUGCUCAGUAUCUGAAGCAGAACAUUGUCAGUGGCCACUGGCAGAGUACCGAUAACCACAAACACUUUGAGACCGAGGCAAGUGAAACUGCUUGUUUCUUUGUUCCUUGCUUACAAUCGCUGAUAGAAGUGAAGGGAAAAAAAUGA